GUCACUCCCAGCGCUCCUAGCGAUCCACGGCCACGAUCCUGUCCUGAACCAACCGAAAGACCCGUGCGACGAUAUCUCCUGCGAAGACCGCCCUCCCGUUCUCGAAAGCCCAAUUGGUUGUCCGCCAUCACCACCACGCUUCGACCACAUCACCACCCAACACCCGUCAUCACCAUAAUUACCAGAAACAAUGGCUUCCGUCGCCCGUUCCUCUGCCCUCCUCAAGCAGGUUGCGGCCAAGCAGUCCGUUGCUGCCACCGGUCUCCGUGUUGCCGCCUUCCACACCACCUCCCGCAAGAGCUUGCUCCCCCCUCCUCCUCAGCGCAUUGAGGGUACAGUGAACGACCCCGUCGAGGUUCCCCCUCCCUCUCCUUCUCAUGGCUCCUACCACUGGACUUUCGACCGUGUUGUCGCCGCCGGUCUCAUUCCCUUGACCGUCGCUCCCUUCGCCGCCGGCUCUCUCAACCCCACCAUGGACGCCGUCCUCGCCGCCACCAUCCUUAUCCACUCCCACACUGGCUUCGGCAACAUCAUUGUCGACUACGUUCCCUCGAAGCGCGUCCCCAAGGCCCGCAAGGUCUUUACCUGGGGCCUUAACGCCGCUACCGUCCUCGUUGGCCUUGCCCUUUACGAGUUCGAGACCACCGAUGUCGGUCUUACUGAGACCAUCAAGCGCGUCUGGAAGGCUUGAGCGACUCUUUGCGACAAUUAUCGUUGCGAGGACCGGUUGGAAAGAUGAGGGCUGUUUGAUAUGCAUUGGGAACUACCGAAACCCCUAAGGCCUCCUACUUUUUUUUUGGAUGGAGCAAAGGCCGGAAUGACAAGAAUAGGUGAGGGAGGGCACCUUCAAGAGGAACAGAAAGGGGUGAAAGAAGUUCUGUUUUGUCAUACCUCACGGCGUAAAAAGAAUAUACCUUUCUCCUUUGUUUCCAUGCGGCCUUCUUUUUUCUGCGCUGUUCAGGGGCCCAUGGUGCGCAGACGGUCUAGCUUGGAUUCAGUUCGCGAGUUUGGAUUACUCGGCAGAUGUGACACCAGGAAGAGGUUGGCUAUGGGGACAAGAAGAGGGGCUGCUAGUACAACAGCAAUCUAAACGCGCAAGUGCGGUUUCCCUUGGUGGUUUUGAUAUCACAUUGAAGUCAGUGGAUUACCCCUGAAUGGGAUUGUGCAUUUCAAGUGGAUGAUCAUGGUUUGGGGGCUGGCGGCAAGCGAACACUGACAAGUUGGUUUCAGGUACGGCCGUUGUAGUGUCCUUACAGCGAAUCGAAAAGAGAUGAAGAGACACGGUUGAUGAAGUUACAUCACUCGUUCUUCCUGAUUUUGGAACUAAAGCUACCUCAGAGUGAUGCUCGCCGAGUAAGGUACAGUAUCAUACCUGGUCCUUUUCAGUUACCUAGAUACCUAACAAUCACAAUGGGAAUGUUUGACU